GCGCGUUCACGUGGAGCCUAUAAACGGACGUGGCGCGCAAGGCUGUGAGAAGUCGUGAAGAGAGGAGAAGAGGAUAAUCGUGGCAGAGGAUCUGAAGCGCAGUUGGAGAUAACUUGACACUGAUACAUCAGGGACGCUGAAAAAAUGGCACCAUCACAAACUUUAUCUGUCUUUUUGUAACAUGUAGCUGUAGCAACUUUGAUUUCCAAGGUGAUAUGUGAGCAGGAGAGUCCAGCCAUGCAGCUGAAUCAGACUGGAGUUCAAACCCUGGCUCCAGAGCAGCAGAUACUACAGGAGGACACCACUGGAAACUGUAGCGGAGACUCCACCAGCAACCUGUCGCUGCACUGCUGGCUGCAGCUGCUCACCAAGGAAUCCAUCAUGGAAUUUCAAGGAGACAGCUCCAGUUUAGUGGUGCGUGUCAUGAUAGCUUGUGUGUACUCUAUAGUGUGUGCACUGGGGCUGGUGGGAAACUCACUGGCUCUGUAUCUGCUGCACUCACGCUACAGGCAGAAGAAAUCAUCCAUCAACUGCUUUGUGAUGGGACUGGCUAUCACAGACCUGCAGUUCGUUCUGACUUUACCUUUCUGGGCGGUGGACACAGCCCUGGACUUCCGUUGGCCGUUUGGCCACGUGAUGUGCAAAAUCAUCAGCUCUGUCACCACCAUGAACAUGUACGCAAGCGUGUUCUUCCUCACGGCCAUGAGCGUGGCACGUUAUUACUCCAUCUCCUCCGCGCUGAAGAUGCACUGCCGGCGGACGGCGGCUACCAGAGCAAAGUGGACCAGCCUGGGCAUCUGGGCGGUCUCUCUGCUGGCCACGCUGCCUCACGCCAUCUACUCCACCAGCGUCCAGGUGUCGGAUGAGGAGCUUUGCUUGGUUCGCUUCCCAGACUCAGACAGGUGGGAUCCACAGCUUCUUUUAGGUCUCUACCAGCUGCAAAAGGUCCUCCUGGGCUUCCUUAUUCCUCUGAUCAUAAUCAGUGUUUGCUACCUGCUGCUGUCCCGCUUCAUCCUCAGCCGGCGGAUUGCAGGCGCCGGGGGCCCAGAGGUGGAGCUCGGCCGCCAAAAGCGUCGCUCUAAAGUGACAAAAUCCAUCGUUAUCGUGGUUCUGUCCUUCUUCCUGUGCUGGCUGCCCAACCAGGCGCUGACUCUGUGGGGGGUGCUCAUAAAAUUUGACCUUGUGCCCUUCAGCAAGGCGUUCUACAACGCUCAGGCCUACGCCUUCCCGCUCACGGUGUGUUUGGCACACACCAACAGCUGCCUCAACCCGGUGCUCUACUGCUUGAUUCGCCAGGAGUUCCGGGCCGGUCUGAAGGAGCUCCUCCUCCACGCCACGCCGUCCUUCAGGAGCCUGACUCACCUGCUGCACCGCAAGGCCAAAGUGGCCGAGGCGCCGCCUGUUCUGGUGCUGGUUCAGAUGGACGUCUGACUGGGAUUACUGGUGGA